AUGGUACCCAAGCUGAAGACUGACCAGCAAGUGGCGGACAACAUUCAGAUUGCCCAGGCCGAAGCACCUCGUUUUGAGAAGGUUCAAUGGACAAAGGAACCCCAUCUACGCAAGCUCUACUUCCUCACUAUCUUCCUCAUGGUAGCAUCCGCGACCACUGGCUACGAUGGGAUGCUCGUCAAUACCUCACAGAUGAUGAAGCAGUUCGAGGAUUAUUUCGGAGAAGGCGUCACCAACAACAACAAACUGGGCAUUCUCAUCAACAUGUUCAACAUUGGUAGCAUCAUUUCGUUCUUCAUCACUCCCUACAUUGCGGAUCACUAUGGUCGCAAGACUGCCAUUUUCAUCGGCUGCUUGUUCAUGAUCCUUGGAGGAUUCUUGGGCGCCUUCUCGAAUGGCUGGGGCAUGUACAUUGGUGGUCGUUUUGUUCUUGGUUUUGGCAACUCUCUGGCACAGAUGUCGUCCCCUCUCCUUCUCACUGAGAUCUGUCACCCUCAGCACCGCGGCCCUGUCACGGCAGUGUACAACUGUCUCUGGAAUCUAGGCUCUCUUAUUGUCUCUUCGAUAGGCUGGGGUACAGCUUAUAUUGAUGGCAAUUGGUCGUGGCGUUCCAUCACUCUACUUCAGAUCACCCCAUCUGUCAUGCAGAUUUGCGGUCUGUGGUGGAUCCCCGAGUCGCCGCGUUACCUAAUGAACAUGGACCGCCACGAAGAUGCCCUGGCCAUGUUGACCAAGUGGCACGGAGGAGGAGAUGUCAACAACUCUACCGUCCAAUUCCAGUACCGGGAAAUCAAGGAAACGAUGCGCUUGGAGAAGGAAGCAGACAAGGCCACCACGUACGCCGAUUUCCUCAGGACCAAGGGGAACCGGUGGCGGUUGGCCAUUAUCAUCUCUCUCGGUAUCAUUUCCCAGUACUCUGGUAACGCGCUCUUUUCGAACUACAUGAACACCAUCUACGAAGGUGCUGGGAUUACGAACCAGAACCAGAAGCUCGCCAUGUCGACCGGCAAGGCGGUUCUUGACCUUGGUUGUGCCAUCGCCGCUGCGCUGACGGUUGAUUACUUUGGACGCCGGCCCCUCUUCCUGGUCUCCAUCACGGGCAUGGUUGUCAACUUUGUUUGCUGGACAAUCACCGGUGCGAUCUACGAGAACUCGAACGAGACUAACUCGGCUGCUGGAUACACUCAGCUCGUCUUCAUCUGGAUCUUCGGCAUCUUCUAUGAUAUCGGUUUCUCAGGUCUUCUCAUCGCCUACGCCCUCGAGGUCUUGCCUUUCCACCUUCGCGCUAAGGGCAUGAUGAUCAUGAACAUUACCGUCCAGGCCAUCCUGGCUCUCAGCAACCAAACCAACAAGAUCGCCUGGGACAACCUCCCCAACCACUGGAACUUCAUGUUGUUCUACACGCUCUGGGAUUUCUGCGAGCUCGUCUUUGUGUAUUUCUUCUACGUCGAGACCAAGGGUCCGACCCUCGAGGAGAUUGCUCGUAUCUUUGACGGCGACGAUGCCAUUGCCCACGUCGACAUGAACCAGGUCGAGAAGGAGAUUCACGCGGGCGAGCACCUUGAAGAUGACAUCAACAUUCACGCCGUCGGCAAUGAAAAGUCGCGUGUUUGA